CUGUGCAUACUAAUUGUGGACAAUUUAUAACUAGUUGGUUAAGAAGCUGAUACCCUGUGUUUAUGCAGCAUCAGGACCUCUCUCUCUCUCUUUCCUCUCUCGUUCUCUCUGAUCACAUGUAAAGUCCCUCGCGCGCGCGUUGCGCAUCUGAGUUGCCAGACAGAUUUGUGUGGUUUGCCCUCAUAAGCAGUGGAGAGUGUAGGACCGCUGAGAAAUGGCCUCUGAACGGGAUGAAACCAACAGUACCACCGCCAGCAGCAGCAGCAGUAACCACACAAACCAGUUCGUGCAGCCCGCGUGGCGCAUCGCUCUCUGGUCCGUGUUGUACAGCACUGUGCUCGCCGUGGCGGUUUUCGGAAAUUUGAUCGUGAUUUGGAUUAUUUUGGCGCACAAGCGGAUGAGAACUGUCACAAACUAUUUUCUGCUCAACUUAGCUUUCUCCGAUGCGUCCAUGGCUGCCUUCAACACGCUCAUCAACUUCAUUUACGCUGCGCACGGAGAGUGGUACUUUGGGGAGGUCUACUGCAGGUUUCACAACUUCUUCCCGGUCACGGCGGUGUUCGCCAGCAUCUACUGCAUGACAGCGAUAGCUAUAGACAGGUACAUGGCCAUCAUCCAUCCUCUGAAGCCUCGUCUGUCAGGGAAAGCCACCACAGGAGUCAUCGUGUGUAUCUGGAGUCUGGCUGUUGUUCUGGCCUUCCCCCUCUGCUACUUCUCCACCACCCGGACUCUUCCCCGCAGGACCAUCUGCUAUGUGGCCUGGCCCCGCAUGGCUGAUGACUCCUUCAUGUAUCACAUCAUUGUGACGGUCCUGGUCUAUGUUCUGCCCCUAGUGGUGAUGGGCAUCACUUACACCAUUGUGGGUGUGACUUUGUGGGGAGGGGAGAUCCCUGGAGACUCGUCUGAUAACUAUCAUGGACAACUCAGAGCUAAACGGAAGGUGGUGAAGAUGAUGAUCAUUGUCGUGGUGACAUUUGCCCUCUGCUGGCUGCCUUAUCACGUCUACUUCAUCGUGACGGGUCUCAACAAGAGUCUGAGCAGGUGGAAGUACAUCCAGCAGGUUUACCUGUCAGUGCUGUGGCUGGCCAUGAGCUCCACCAUGUACAAUCCCAUCAUCUACUGCUGCCUCAACAGCAGGUUCCGUGCUGGUUUUAAGCGGGCUUUCCGCUGGUGUCCCUUCGUGCAUGUCUCUUCCUACGAUGAGCUGGAACUUCACGACACAAGACUUCGACCAAGGAACCAAAGCAGCAUGUGCACCCUCUCUCGAGUUGACACCAGCAUUGUUAGCAAAGACAAGAGUCUCUGUUCCCAUGGAAACAGGUCAAGACUCAGCUCUGAGCCUAUAAAAACAGUCAACACUCAGUCUGGAGAACACUGUUAAGGGUUUUUUUAAAAGCUUGUUUUAAGCUAAGAAAUGCGGAAAUGAUUAUUGACUUAAUAGGCUGACAAAUGAUGAGUAACUGAUAGGUGUGGUGAAUAUAUUUUUCACAUAUUACAGAGAUUAUCAGAUUAGAGGGGGAAGGUUGAUGUCAGUAGUUAUAGCAAUGUGAGCCAUUGAUUAACAGCUGCAUUGACAUUUCAAACAGGCAAAAAGGUGCUCUAACUUCAUCAGACCACACAACCAAAAUAUAAAUGUUUUUAUAGCCCCAUGACCAAAACUUUUAGAGGUUAUUACUUGUGACCAGUGUGAAUAAAAAGCCACACACCUUCUCAGAAUUCAAAGAAAUAAAAACUAUUCUUUAAAUCAAAUCCCACAAGUUUAAUUUGUGUUCAACAGUUACAAGCUGAAAACAGCCAAACUAUUCCUGCUUAUGUUCAUGGUGGAAAUUUGUACAAGUACAGGCUUAGGAAUAUGUAUUUCUCAUUUUAGUCUCAUUUUUCUUGUUAUCAGGAUUGAUGCCUUUUAUUGAUCCACAGGGUUUAUUUCAUAGGUUUAUUUAUAAUUUGCUGCUGUUUUUGUGCAAUAUGGUUUUGGUUGAUUUUAUGUCUGAAGGUUUAUCUUCGGCAGGGCUUCAGUAAGAAGAAAACAUAAUGGCCCUCAUUUAUCAAACUUGCAUGGAAACAAGCGCAGAUUUGGAGUAGAAAUCACCUCACCACAAGGUCCAUGUUUGAUUUGUGAAACAUGCAUAUCUGGCCAGUCAUGGUGUUUGAAUGAGCAGAUGUUGAUAAAUGCUGCAGCUGAAAACAAUCGUCGUGUUAACAAUACACAUCUGUAUAUUCCUGGUUCAGCCGGCCUCGCCCACUGAGUUUACGAUUUGGGGAUAUACUACGGCGAAGAAACCUGCUCUUUUUGUUAGGGUAUCGGUUUCCAUGUCAGGGAAGUUAAGGAAAAAUGAAAUAUUUGUUGUUUCUCAGCCUGAGAUGUGGCAUUAAAGUGGAUCAGAUAUAUUUAAAAAGGAAAUCGUAUCUGUAGUUAACAGCGAUGUUGCAGACAACUAAACUCCAGCUGAUAUUACAAUAUUAAAUUCAUACAUAAGUGAUGUAUAACUUGUGUGAUAUUGUCACAAGACUUUAUAUUUAGAUUAUAAUAUUAUCAACAUGCUUUAUAUUUGAGGUUUUAAAAAUGAGUCAACUCUUAUGAUUAGGAAAAUAAAGCUGGCUAUUAAAAAGUAGCAGGAGGAGGCCAACCUAAAACUUAGAGAAGAGUGGUUUUAUACCUCAUUUUCAGGUUUAUAACUAAUGUAGGCUAAUUUCAAGUGCCAGACAGUGAAAUGCCUGUUCAUGUUAAUAAACUGCUCUCUUCUAACUGUUCAUAUUUGAGGAGAUAACAGAAAGCCGUAAAUGUCUGAUGAAUGGUUUGCUAUUAUUUCUAUUUCUAAUCUGAAUAGAUUUCUUGCUCAGCACAUCAGUCGUAAUUCUGACAUUUUAGACCUUGGAUACCGUCCUGUCUUUUACAGCCUCCAGCCAUGUGUCCUGGUAUAAUACGCUCACAGUAGCAGAUUAGUUUGAUUAUUUAAGCCUCCAGUCAGGCUGAUUCAUUAUGAUCUGAUGUAAAGUUAUUUUUUGGUUUUGUUGUCAGUUUUUAAACACUUUUCUGAUUUACAGUUAAAUAGUUUAGAGCUAAUAACUCCUCUCCCCGUUAAACCCUUAACCCAAUCACUGCAGCCUGAAAAGUUCGUGUACGCGAACUCAGACCUGGCGUGGGAUUUGAGUGCGUCAUAUGCUCACAUCUGGAUCUGUGUGCCAAUCUGUGUGUGGAGAUGAGCGUCCCCCCCACGUUUUCUGGCGUACGCACAUUUGAUAAAUGAGGGCCAGUGUGAGGCAAAAUACAGUUUUGCCUAGUCUGCAGAGAGAUUUGAUCUGGCAAAUGUGAGGAAUUUGUUGGGCUUUUUAAAUAUAGUUUCACAAAAGUGUGAAAAGUGUUUUUCUUUUAUAUCACUUUAUACACUGUAAUAGUACUGUUUUAGGGGAUGUUGACUGUGUUAUAUUGAUAUUACACUUUCAGAUGUUACUGUUAGGAAUUUCUAUGAUGAAAUCACAAACCAUUCAUGCUGACUGAGCUCAUUGUGAAUCAUCCAGUUUUUUUUAAAUAUUUUUUUAAAUAUAUUACACAGGAUACAUCAUCAGCUGAACUGAAUACUUUAAGCUGCUUUUGACAUUUUGUUUAAUGGUGUGUGUUGCUAUUAUAUAACAUGGUUGUAACUGAAAUACUGUAGUCUUAUAUUUACUGCCAGUAUUAAUGCUACUGAAGCAGCGUUAAUGCUCUUAAAUCUGAUAGAGGACAGUAUUAUAUAUGUGUUUCUGUCCUCUGAGUUUUUAACAGAAUGUAACCUCACAAGUGCUUACAGCUGUCGUUUUUGAUAGUUAAAAAUACAGUGUGCCAUUUUAAAACUGUUUAUAAAACUGUUUACUGUUGGAUAGAUUCUUUAAGUGUACAGAUGUGGAAAAUAUAUUUGUGUGCAGCAUCUAGACAGACACAAAUCAUUUACAGUUAUAAAGUGAAUGUGUGUUUUAAUUUUUGUU